AUUAUCAUGCACACCGACUACGUUUAUUCAUAGGGUAUAAAAAUUUAAUUGUUAUUACCAUUCACCUGCCUCCAACCAGACAGAGGUUUUCAUUCAGGGUUAAUUUUAACAACACACCUCCCGCGAUUUUUUGACAUUGACAGGUCAUAGGAUUUGCCCUGAAACUUUUUAAAACUACGGGAUGGCGUAUCUCAACUAGCUUUCUUCGUGAUGUCAGUUGCAAGUCUCAGGCCGGUACUAGGCUUUGACAUACAACCGAAUACAAGUCUUCAAGUUGAUAUACACGUGACCAGCACGUCAUCUGUCAUUGGAGCCCGCCAAAAGUCUCCUCUGUUCAUCCAAAAAGGCUCCUUGUUUUCGAGAAUGUCGAGCACAGUUAAGAAUCCACGUGUUUCUAUUGAGUACUGUACACAAUGUCGUUGGAUGCUUCGUUCGGCGUGGAUGGCACAGGAGUUGUUGACUACGUUUGAAAGCAGUAUUGGAGAAGUGGCACUCAUGCCUGGAAAAUCUGGCGUGUUCAGAGUCAUGGUCAACGAUGUACUGAUAUGGGAUAGAAAGGAAAUGCAAGCCUUUCCUGAUAUCAAGCAUCUGAAACAAUUGGUGAGAGACAUUAUUGAUCCCAACAAGCAGCUCGGACACAGCGAUCGGAAAGAUGCGAAAAGCGAUCCAGAACCCAAGAAAAAUGAUAUUUCGCCGUCAGCUUCGGAUCCACAAGAAUGUUUGACAUGUGUUGAAUAGAAGUUGAGUUGUAUAAAAGGAUAUUUUUGGCAGUAGGAAGUCCGCUGACAUAGCACAAAGAUGGUUCGAAAGAGCGAAAUGAUUAUAAGAAUC